UAAUGGCCACAACGAUUGUACAUUCGACUCACUUGCGAUGUCUCUUAAGAAUAGGACCAUGCUUAAGGACGCAGCGAAUUGGGCGUAUAUGUCUGCAAACGAGAGGCUUUGCCACUGCGUCUGAUGGAGAGAGCAAAGUACCCAAAAUUUACACGAAGACAGGAGAUAAAGGGUUUUCAAGCACAUUCACAGGGGAGAGACGCCCAAAAGAAGACCACAUCUUUGAGGCCCUUGGGUCCACAGAUGAAUUGUCGUCGGCGAUUGGGCUGGCGAGAGAGUUCUGCGCUGACCAAGGACACACGUUCAUAGAUCAAUUAGACAAGAUCCAGUGUGUCCUACAAGAUGUAGGUUCUAAUGUUGCUACUCCCCGUUCAUCAGCAAGAGACGCACACAUUAAGAAGACCAAGUUUAGCAGUCAGCCAGUGUCAGACCUGGAGUGUUGGAUUGAUGCAUACACAGAGGAACUGCCUCCACUGACCAGCUUCAUAUUACCUUCUGGUGGCAAAAGCGGCGCAGCCCUGCAUGUGGCCAGAGCAAUGUGCCGGCGGGCAGAGCGCGGCGUCGCACCUAUCGUGCGUUCGGGAGAAGCAGAUCCCGACGUCGCCAGAUAUUUAAACAGGCUGAGCGACUACCUGUUCACAUUGGCAAGGUACACGGCCAUGAAAGAGGGUAAAGAGGAGAAGAUCUACAGAAGACCCGAGUGAGAACCAGAGGAUGGAGAGCAAACCACAGAUGAGGACCUUACCUGUCCCCCAGGAUGGAACUUGCCAUCCCAAUGGAACUUCAUGCAGGAGAGCACAACAGAGAGUGUUGUUUUCCUGUU